CGGCGGCCAUGCGCGGCGUGGGGACCGGCCUGCGGGUGGCGGUCCUGAGCGGCGCCCGGAAGCUGUGCCAGAGGCGGGACAUCUCCUCCUGGCUAGCCCGAUGGAUCUUCAAAAACCCAGCCAAGCCCGUGGUAGCCCUGAAAACGCCCAUCAAGGUGGAACUAGUGGCUGGUAAAACCUACAGGUGGUGUGUGUGUGGCCGCAGCAAGAAGCAGCCCUUCUGUGAUGGCUCCCACCUUUUCCAGCGCACUGGCCUGUUCCCGCUCAAGUUCAAGGCCAGGGAGACUCGUGUAGUGGCCCUUUGUACCUGCAAAGCCACCCAGAAGCCCCCAUACUGUGAUGGCACCCACAGAAGUGAGCAAGUGCAAAAGACCGAAGUGGGCUCCCCACUCUGAGGUGGCUCCAGGUUUCUGGCCAGCGGUGCUGACCCCAGGACAGCAGCACCUAGACCGUGGUUCCUGUGAAGAAACUGCUCUCCAUCUCCUGUACUGCCCACUCAGGUAGCUGGAGCAGGCUCUUUCGUUCAACAUUAAACAGUUAUGCCCGCUCUUU